UUGAUAAUUGAUGCUUGACCGUUUUGAUAUUGGAUUUUCGAUCGUCAAAUAUUCAGAAAUCAACAUCAACCGUCAAUGAUGAUGUGUCUCGUGACGUGAUCGCAGGCUCCGACUUUUUAAAACUCGACACCCGUUCGCGCUCACGCCACGUCAUGUACGACCCACCGCCGGAACGUCCGUCCGAAUCGGAUUGCUGCGGUAACGGAUGCGUGGAAUGCGUGUUCGACGUGUACGACCGAGAGUGCGCCCGUUGGCGACGUCGUCGGCUCGGGGCCGGCGAGGGCGACCGGCUGCGACGGGACUUGCUGUCGGCGACCAAGCACAUGCCGUACAGGAUCGUUUCCGCCCGGCCGCUCGCCGACGACGUGCACGCGUACAAGUUCGCGGCCACGCCGGCGGCCGUCGGCCGGCUGCCGAUCGCGUACACGCAGCACGUGAACGUCCGGCUGGCGGACGGCCUCGGCAGGCCGUACACGCCGGUGGCCCUGGGCGACGAUGAUUGCUCGUUCGACGUCCUCGUCAAGGCCUAUCCCGGCGGACGGUUCACCGGACGUUUGUUGGAAAUGUCCGCGGACGACGUCGUCUCGGUGCGCGGGCCCGUUGGCGGUGUGCAGUAUGACGGAUACGAUUCGAUAGUGAUGUUUGCCGGCGGUACCGGUGUGGCCGCCUUCGUGGGUCUGAUUGGAUCGGUGUUAGACGACGAUAAGUGCGAGACGUUGCUGAGACUGCACUACUCGUGCAAGACUCUCGACGGGGUGCUGAUGCGCAAGGAGUUGGCCGGUUAUGCGGCUUAUUGGAAUUGUGCCGUACACCUGUACUUGACGAGGGAACACGAUUGGUCUCAGUGUUCAGAGUCGUUUUGGUACAAUGAAAAUAUAACAGAGGGAAGAAUAACACAAGACUGUAUGACUAAAAUAAUCGAUAAACAACAAAACUUGAGAACAUUAUGGCUCAUUUGUGGAAAUGAUGAGUUUAAUCAAUAUGUUUUCAAUUCGUUAGUAAACUACAAUAUUCAACGAGACAAUAUUCAAUUAUUAAAUAAUACUACAAAAGAUUUUAAAGUAUCUUGAUGUUGUAUAAUUAGGUGUCCUACUAGUAAAAUAAAAAUUUGAAAAUUAACUAGGUAUUUAAUUUCUCAAAUUGUUAAAA